AUGAACACACCUUCGACGCCCGCCCCAAGCACCCUACCCUUCCUGAUCUGGUCAUUGAUCGCCCCUCAUCUCCAAAGGCCAGCGCCCCUUCCCCUCUCCAAACCCUCUCGAUCAGUCUUUGGUCAGGGAGAUAUUUGCCUUUUUAUGCUGGUAUGCAAGGACUUUGCAAAUAUCGGAUAUCCCCUCCUCUAUACCCAUAUCGUGACCGAUGCCCUUCACCUCCUCCUCGAAGACAUCAUCGAUCCAGCUAUGCAUCCCCGCUUCUCUUACACCAAAAGCCUCAAGAUCGAGUACUCCGUACAGCGUGGCGACCUCCCGCUGUACGACCUAUUGAGGCACGGAGGACACAUCGCAUGGUCGUACAUCGGUAUGGACAAGGUACCGGAGGCCUUGGCCAUGCAGAGUUGUGAAGUGGAGGCGGAUCAUCUCGGAUGGCUCCUCCAACAGCUGAAUAAGGCGGGCGCAAAGGAGGUGUUUCCAAAGCUGGAAACGGUCGCCAUCGGAUCGAUAUACGGGACCGAGUCGGACCUCUGGCGCCGGUUCGCCAAGUACCUCGGGGAUGACAAGACUAUCCUCGAUCUUUGUGCGGCGGAAUGCGAGGCGUUCCUCUCCAAUACUGGAGCCAAGCACUAUUGUAAUCGGGAGGUCCACGGUCCUCUUUCAACAUCCCCUCUCCAAUUGGCCUCUUCCGCCGGCUCACUUCACCGCGGCAUCCUCUCAAUCGUCCAUUUCAACAAGGACAUCGAUCAGCUUCCCAUCAUAUUCGGCUCGCCGAUGCGAUACGUCAGCGACAUCUCGUCAACGGAGAAUUGGGCAAGCACCUUGGCGACCCUGAGCACGUCUCUGGCCAGGCAGAUACUCGCACGUAUCCUCCACGAACAGACUGGAGGGACUGCGACCAGGUCGGACGCAGUGGACAUGGAGAUCUACUGCUCCUCGAGCGGAUGGGCAAGGGGCCCCGUUUUUCCAUUCUAUCUUCGCAGCCUCGACCUCUGCUCCCAUCAUGACAGCAUCCCCAGCGGCCAACAUCAAUCCGUCGAAAAGCAGAGGAGCAUGGCGACAGCGCUCGGGCCAGUGCUGGAAAAAGCGUACGUCGGGCGGGACGGACUUCAGCCGUUGAUAGGAAAUUCGGUCCGCUUCUUUCCCUCGGCGGACACUCCCCUUUGCCCAGCAUGCGGGUCGGGGGUACCAGCUUAG